UUUCUGUUUCUAACCUACAAAACUCUCUGUCAAAAAAGAUUGACGGCUAAUUUUUUGGAGAAUUUCAAAUCUAACGAUGGAACCCAUGACAUUAGGCAGUGCUCCUUCCAGUCCUUCGUCUCCGGGCAUUAAUCCGAACUUUUUACCCGGUUUUUUGAUAGGUGAUAUACCUCCACAAACUCCAAACCCAAGCGCCUCACCAGGUAGAAAUAAAACUCCGAGCAGCUUCAAAUCGAAUUCGAACAUUAACGAACCGAAAACACUGAGACAGAAACUGUUUAAUCAGUCUCUAACAGCUACUCCAGCCAGUCCUGCUCCUUUUAUACCAGUAAACGAAAAAGUAGGCCCUCCUAAGACCAGUUUGUUCGAUACCAUAGAUGCCCCGUCUAAGAAAACUCCGAUUUUGAGCAGUACCGUGGCCCAUUUUAAUGAUUCUACCGUGUUUAAUGAGAGUAUUUCAAGAAUACAUCCUGAAGAAAGCUUGAAUGUUAGUAGGAACUUUAGUAGUUCGAGAUUGGAGAAGAUCGACACUCACUGGGUUACAGUGUUCGGUUUUCCGCCUAGCGUUCUAAAUAUAGUGUUGUCACAACUGUCAAACUGUGGUGUGAUAAUAGAUAAACGAGUUCCAUCACAAGGGAAUUGGGUACAUGUUAAAUUCAACAAUUUAAGUGAAGUAGCAAGGGCAUUGUCUUUGAACGGUAAAUGUUUGAAUAACAGUGUGAUGAUAGGUGUCCAGUUGCAUUAUGACAGGGAAAAUAAAGAGAAUAGUACAAUGUUUACGUCUCCUGCCAGAGCAAGAUCCUUAAGGCACUCAUUUGUGUCACCACAAGUAUCAAAUUCAGUGAUCUCUCCACAGAAUGUUCCUCAAAAAUCUACUGGUAUUGUUACAAAGGCCAUGGAGUAUGUUUUCGGUUGGUGAUUAUGUUUUUAAUGUUAUUUUAUUAUGUAUACAAAUAUUUGUCAAUUUAUUUUACAAUUUUAUUAUUGAAUUAAAG